GAGCUCUCAGGUGGAAGUUUCAGAGACCGUAGCUUGCUGUAAUGGGAUGGUUUUAUUUUUUUAUCUGUCGUCAAACUUCGAAUGGCUCUGUAAAUCUCCAGGCAAUCACUCUUCUUCUGCGAUCACCCACCAUCUCCCCCAGGUGUAGCAGCAGUAGUGAGAUUUCAGAUUUGGGUUUAUGGUACUUGCAUGUGUUGAGGGGGUCAUCCGUGUUUGCAAAUAUCAAACAAAUGACUGUCAUUACAGUAGGUACAAAUGGAGCAUGAGUGUAAGGUCUUUACACUUGAACUAUGCUGAACCUUUAUAUCCUAGGGAUCUGUGAAGAAUAGAAUCAUCACCCUCAGUGAUUCCCCUUUAGUGAUAUACUCAGUGCUCAUACAUAAGCAAGGUCUGUCUUCUGGCAUGCUGGGCUGAGAUUAAUGUCCCUUGCAUGGUUUGUGAAUUUGAACCAUGCUGAAUCUGUGGGGCAGGAGAAGCUGUGAAAUCCAUAUUGGAUGAGAUUGAUCCUUUCCCAAAUGUGGAGGGGAGGAAGGAGAGCAGACUGGAGCAUAACCUUUCUUACUGACAACAGCUAAAAAUAGUAUGUAUGUAUCCUCCUUACCCCCACUUGUGCAAACACACAGGCAUACACAUGCAUCGGCACAUCCCCAGAAAGCAAGAAAUAAAAGCCUUAUGUGCCUCUUAGUGAGGGUGUGUUGGAUGGCAUGCUGGGAGUGUUUAGAGUGCCACAUCAGAUCCACAGGAGACUAACACUCAGCAUAGGCAGUACAGAACCAAGAAAACCGCACACUGCCACACAACAGCAAUAGACACCAACUGGCAUUCAACCUUGGGCUUUGGUGCUUCACAUUCCAUAGUCAACCCAAAAAGCUAGCAUUUGGUCUGGGAGGACAGUUAUAUCUUUAGUUCUCUAGAAAGUUAUUCACAUAAGGAUAUUAAUUUACCUUUCACUGCGUUCUUUUUUUUAUAGUUGUAUCAGGGUAAUUGAUAUGUCACAGCAUUGUAAAUAAUGUACAAAAUGAUCAACCUCAUCCAAUGAAUUUGUCUUUGCUGUGGAAAAUCUGUAGUUGAAAAUAACCUAUACAUUCAGCUGGGCAGUGUCUACAAUAUGGGUCCAAAAAUAAAUGACAGACUAGAAUGACAAAGUUCCAGAAUCAUGCUGAUUGAAACGUUUGAGAAUGCUUUUGUUGUCCAUAAAUCUAUUUUUAUUUCCCCACCUGCACAGCAUAAAUUGACUUCCUCUGCUCUCAAGCAUUAAAGAAAAAUGAAAAAGUUGAAUGAUUCUGGAAGCUUGUAAACACAUUCCUCAUUCUCGCUUCAGCCCUUGGAGUGUUACCCUGCAGUUGAGGCUUCUCUAAUAAAGAUAUUGUAUGGCUGGAAAAGCGGCGAGGCUGAAUUCGUCAAGAGGGGAAAAGAAUGUGUCAGAGACCGAUUAUUCCAGGAGGCAUCGCAGUAAUCUGCCUGGUGGUGGAGGGAGCCAGGGAUGCUCUACCGUCUAUGUUAUGUCUGUGUAACCGUGUUCUCAGCGACCGUUAACAUGAAAUACACAGCUCUGCUUUAAUAGCACAGUCUGCAUAACUGAAGAGUGGUGUAAGUGUGAGGGGCCAGCAUGGUGUUUCACCACAACUGAUCAGCGAUUCCAGGGAUGUGGAAACAAACAUGGCAGAUAUGGAAAUGUACAGAGCUAGCUGAUUUUAAACUGCACUAAGCUGCCUUUCACACAGGACAUCAUCAUUUGUUGGUGUUGUAAGGUGUUCCAUUUCCCCUCUUUUUCUCCCUCUCCUUUCCCCUCUUUUUCUCCCUCUCCUUUCCCCUCUUUUUCUCCCUCUCCUUUCCCCUCUUUUUCUCCCUCUCCUUUCCCCUCUUUUUCUCCCUCUCCCCUCAACAGACUGAUCCUGUGUCUAAUGAAUUUGUCCUCUGCAGACCCAGAUGUUCUCCCAGUGCAGACAGAUGUUGAACUGCUCUGUUCUCUCAGUGAGGGUGUCCAUCUCUGCUCUGAACAAUGGCAUGGCACAGGGUGGACUCAUUGUCAUGGUGCUCCAGCCAUGGACUUGGAAGACGAGACGUUGUUAUUCCAGAGCAGCUGGGAUGCUGAGAAAGAAGAGGAGGAGAAGGAGGAGGGCGGGGAGUCAGAUACACAGAUUAAUGGGAGAACCGGCACCCCUGGAGGCAAUGGCGUGUGGGGAGCAGUGGGCUGGGUCUACACACAGCCCUGGGUGAGUGGUGUUGUCCUGGGAGUUGGAGUUUUUCUCCCCUGUGCCCUCUCUGCCUACAUGUUCCUAUACUGCCCCCCAUUGGACAUAGACCUUUCCUACAGUGCCUUUGAGGUUCACAGCCACUUCUCCGCUGAGCGGUUUGAUGCACUCACCAUUGCCAUAAAGACUCAGUUGGGGUCCUGGGACAGACGCAGGCGUGACGUGGACCCCUAUGACUCCACCACUCUACAGGAGCUGCUGUUGGACAUGCUGGGUAGGCAGGGAGAUGGAACAUCCAACAGGACAUCACAUGGAGGGCUGACCUCAACAUCUCUGAAUAAAAACUUGUUCAAAAGAGUAGUUAUGGAACAGAGCGGAGAUGCCCUGAGUCAGCGAGAGACUGAGAGGCAUGGAGAGGCUAGGGGUGGUAAACUAGAGGUAAGAGAGGAGGAUAAAAAUACAACUAAUUUAGGAAAAUUUGAGAGUCGUGAGUCCAUAGAAGGAGAGGGCGACAGGUACAGUGAGAGAUCUCAGACUAGGAUGCGCAGGUUUGCCCCCAACUACUCAUAUCUGCAGAGCCAGGCCCUGUGGAGGAUGGAGCUGGUGUUUGUAGCUCAGGGUGGGGUGGACAACAACAUCUUCACCCCAGAGCGUCUCCGCACCAUCCACCACAUAGAGCGUCUGCUCAUGCAGCAUCCCCAGUUCCAACAGUUCUGUUGGAAGCCUCUGGAGGUCCUGAGAGACCUGCCCCUGGGCCCCUCCUACUGCUCCCCUCCAAGCUCCCUCCUCUCCUACCUCUUCCCCAGUGAACGGGGAGGCAGGAUCUACUACGAUGGCAUGGGACCCAACCUGGCUGACAUCCAUGGUGCUCUGAGUCUAGCGAUCACCCACCCACAGUUCUACUGGUAUGUGGAUGAGAGUCUGGCCCCUGACCGGCUCUCCUCCUCUCUCCUGCGCAGUGAGAUCCAAUUUGGAGCUCCACUGCCCUCUUACAGCUCCCUCCAGGACCGGCCUGAGGAGCAGAGAAGCCGCUUCAGGAACUUUGUGGUUCAGUACGCUGACAUCCUGGCUCAGCAGUCCACCAGCCAGGUGAAGGUGUUGUAUGGGGGCACAGAGCUGUUUGAUAACGAGGUGAGACGGACCUUCCACAGAGACAUGUUGCUGGCGCUGAUCAGUGGAGGCUGCAUCACUCUGCUGGUCUAUUUCCUCACCUCCUUCUCAAUGUUCCUGACAUUCUUUGGGCUCACUAGCAUUGGUCUGAGCUGCCUGGUCGCUCUUUUUCUCUACCAUGUGGUCUUUGGGGUGAGAUACCUGGGCAUCCUCAAUGGGGUUGCAGCCUUUGUGAUCAUUGGCAUUGGUGUGGAUGAUGUGUUUGUGUUCAUGAGUACCUUCAGACAGGCUUCCCACUUAGUCCAUCCAGUCCAGAGGAUGGUGUACACGGUGAAAACAGCUGGCCGGGCAACCUUCCUCACCUCCUUCACCACAGCAGCCGCAUAUGCUGCCAACACCUUCUCACAGAUUCCGGCCGUGCAUGACUUUGGCCUAUUCAUGGCCCUCAUCGUCAGCUGCUGCUGGCUUUGGGUGUCAAUCCUCAUGCCCGCUGCCCUGUGUAUCUGGACCCAGUGUAUUGACCCCCGGGAGAAUUCCUGUCUCAAAUGGUGGAAGGCACUUGCAGGACUGCCAGUGAGCCACAGUCCUUUGUCAGAUGAGGAUGACGACGUGACCCUACUGUCAGUGGAGAUGGAGCCAGGCUCCUGUGACACAGAUGUAGAUGCAGCCAUUCUGUCCCUGUCAGUGGAGACUUCUCUCUCACCACCAGAGCAGGGAACUUCAGGCAUGGUCAGCAUUUACCUUCAGUGGGCUCUGAGGCACUGGGUGGCAGAGCCAGCCGUAGAGAACCGUAAAGUCAUUCUAGGAAUCUACUUCCUGGUCCUGCUGCUGUCUGCUGGGUGCUGCUGCCUCCUGCGGCCGGCCACUCAUGCCCCGUUACUGUUUCGUCCAGACACCAACCUCCAGACUCUACUGGGACUGAGGAACAACAUCAGUGCCCAGGGCAUAUCCUGCCACAUGUGCUCUGGUCUGUUCAUGGAGAAACCUCAUCUUCUGCACAGCCCUACCCAUACUACCCCCUCCGUGGCUUGGUUUCACCCCCAUCAACAUACCAAAAACACUUCAAACUCAACUCUACGGAGCCCAUUCACACCAAGCACUUCCUCCAUCACAACAGGGCCUCUACUGACCGUGUAUGUCUCUAAGCUGGAUGUAGGCGCUUCUAUCACUCUGUACCGCUUCUCUCUGAAUACUAGCAUGCCCUCGCCUUGGAAAAGCCUCAGUCCUAGGAAUGGAGAAGUUCCAUCCUUUCAGGCUUACAUUGAACCUCACAGCAACUUCAGCACCCACAUGACUGUGUGUGUGUCCCACCCCAGCCCUCGCUGGAUGAUCACUUCCCAGUCAUGUGACCCACGCCACGGCUGGAGGUCAGAGUUCAGCUUCUAUGUGGCAUCGGCUAAGCAGCAGCACAGCAGGAGGCUGUAUUUUGCCCAGCACAAGCUUAGUCCUCAUCCAAGCCGAGUGUGUGCAGAACCACCUGGUUGUGUGAUCAGCUCCGGGCCUGACGGACCCACACGGGGCUACUUCUACACACCGCUCCCCACAGAUUCCACCUCAACGAAAAGGUCCAGGACCUCCGGUUUUAACCCCUGUAGUGGAGGUGGCUGUGGCCAGCCAGCAGUCCGUCCUCUGGUUGACACUGGUGCCAUGGUGUUUGUGGUUUUUGGAAUACUGGGAGUCAACCGCACCCAACGCACAGACAACCACGUCAUUGGGGACAUGGGCAGUGUGAUAUUGGAUCCAAACUUUGAUAUCUUCCAAGAGAUUGGUCAUCUCUGCCAAAUCUGUAAAGUCAUCAGUGCUAAUAAACUGCUUGUGAAGCCGGGAGGAGCCCAAUGUCUACCCUCCGGCAACAAGCUUUCUUCUAUCCUGCCCUUACUCCACCCAGACUGCCACUCACUCCCUGAGCCCAACCUGUUGCCAGGCCAGCUGUCCCAUGGGGCCGUGGGAACACACGGUGGCAGAGUGCGCUGGCUCUCCAUGGCCUUUGAGUCUACUACCUACAAGGGGAAAUCCUCUUUCCAGACUCGCUCAGAUUUCCUCCAAUGGGAGACCUUCCUACAAGAGCAGCUCUCAGCUCUCCCAGAGUCCUCUGCUCUACGGAGAGGUUUCCAGACCUGUGAGCACUGGAAGCAGAUCUUUAUGGAAAUCAUAGGUGUGGAGAGCGCCCUCUGCAGUCUGCUCCUGUCCCUGGCCAUCUGUGUGGCAGCUGUGUCUGUUUUCACUGCCCAUACGCUUCUGCUGCUGCCAAUACUGCUCACCAUUAUGGGGGUCAUCUGUCUGGUGGUGGCCAUCAUGUACUGGCUGGGCUGGGAGUUGGGGGCCAUGGAGGCCAUCUCUCUGUCCAUCCUAGUGGGCUCCUCAGUGGACUACUGCCUGCACCUGGUGGAGGGCUACCUGCUGGCUGGGGAGACCUUACCAGCCACACCAGAACACACUAUGGAUCUGUCAGCUAAAAGGCAGAGACGGACCCUAGACGCAGUGAACCACGUAGGAGUUGCCAUAGUGUCCAGUGCUGUCACCACAGUCAUUUCAACCAUCCCUCUCUUCUUCUGUGUCAUCGUGCCUUUUGCUAAAUUUGGUCAGAUCGUGGCCAUAAACACAGUAGUAUCCAUCUUGUUCACCCUGACUGUGACAGCAGCCAUGUUAGCCACCAUGGGCCCUGCCAACUUCCACAGACCUCCCGGUGCAUUGCUGAAGGCCAGCCUGGCAGUACUGGGUACCACAGCCUUUGGCGUUGCCCUGUGCUGGGCAACUAGGACCAGUCCCUGGCACACAGUAGUCACCAUGUGACCACAAACUCAACCACUACUGUUACCUCUGUAAGCAAAACUAAGAGGCUUGGUCUAAACCUCAGUUUAUCAUUGUUCUAUACAUGCAGCUGUAAGGUUUCAGAUACGUAAAAGCAUCUUGUUGAAGUAGACCAUUCUUGAUGUGGAUAAAGUUGAAUCAUUUUUUUACCAAAAUAACAGAAUGUGGUCUCUUAAGAAUAAAUAGUCUGCAGAAUAGGUUUUGGUUUCUGUGGAUACAGCCUACUGCCCACAGAAGGAGAUUACACAGUGUUGAUUUAAAUACUGGUUAGAUCCACGCUGUUCUAUUGUCCAUGUUACUCUGUUCCUGAGAAUAUUUAUUUUUUUAGAAAAUUGCUAGCUUCUCUGACCUGCGAUUAGCACUAACCUCAUCUCUGAUGGUUGGAAACCACACUUUGAGGUCCAAGAAGACAUGUGUUGAAUCAUAAUAAAAAUAUGAAUCAUU